CACACUUGAAGCAGCAGCAAUGGAAGAGACAAUUCUCCUCAAUAUGGAAGGUGUCAAAAAGAAAAUAUAUCAUGGAGGAAAAGGUGAUUUGCCAAAAUUCAUCACUGGAGCAAAGGUCACUUUCCAUUUUCGCACAUUAAAGUGUGACGACGAGAGGACUGUGAUUGAUGAUAGCAAGACAGUUGGUGUACCUAUGGAAAUCAUCAUUGGAAACAUGUUUAAGCUGGAAGUCUGGGAGAUGUUGCUCACGUCCAUGCGGAUUGGAGAGGUGGCUGAAUUCUGGUGUGAUGUCACACACACUGGGUUAUAUCCAAUAGUUUCCAAGAGUCUGCGACGCAUUGCCGAAGGAAAAGACCCAACAGACUGGCACAUGCACACUUGUGGAUUGGCUAAUAUGUUUGCCUACCAUACGCUGGGCUACGAAGACCUGGAUGAGCUGCAGAAGGAACCCCAGCCUCUUAUAUUUGUGCUUGAACUAUUAAAGGUAGAAUCUCCUAGUGCUUACAAACGAGAAACCUGGGCUCUGAAUAAUGAUGAAAAACUGAAAGUAGUGCCCAUCCUGCAUGGAGAAGGCAACAGGCUUUUUAAGCUUGGACGCUAUGAAGAUGCAAUCAACAAAUAUAAAGAAGGGGUGAUUUGUUUGAAGAAUCUCCAGACUAAGGAGAAGCCAUGGGAGAUACCUUGGAUGAAACUGGAAAAGAUGAUUAACACUUUGGUUUUAAACUACUGUCAAUGCCUGCUUCGCAUAGAAGAGUUCUAUGAAGUUAUAGAACAAACAAGUGACCUAAUCCAACACCACCCAGGUCUGACAAAGGCGUAUUUUAUCCGAGGAAAAGCACAUGCAGAAGUGUGGAAUGAGGAGGAAUCUAAGAAAGAUUUUGAAAAAGUUCUGGAAAUGGACCCAGCUAUGAGUAAAGUAGUAAAGAAGGAAAUUCGAAUCCUGGAGUGUAGAAUGCAAGAAAAAGAAGAAGAGGACAAACUAAAAUAUAAGAACCUUUUCUCUUAGCCAAUCAGAUCAAAUAUAAACAGUGUGAUGCUUUAGAUUGCUCAUUCAGCAUUGGUUUACUAACCACCGUAACACAAUGCAAGGCUAACUCAAAUGGUGAAAGGUGAUCAGCUUCAAACUUGUAUUACUAUAUGUGGUCAAGGAGAAAGCAGCUGGGUGUAGCUACUUUCUGCUUGGCCUUGACCAUAGAAUGCAAUCAGUACCGUAUAUACUCGUGUAUAAGCCGACCCGUGUAUAAGCCGAGGUACCUAAUUUACCUAAGAAAACUGGAA